AUGGGGCUAAUACUCACUCCCGCACGGGAAAAAGAUUCCUGUGAGAACGAGAAUAGUCUCAGGGGCUUCAUUAAUGCUGAAGGCAAUGUCUGCUUCCAUAACGAGGGUGUGGCGUGCACGGUUGAUGGCGAGGGAGGAGAGUGUAACCAACUCGGCUCAUUUCUCAAGCUCAUUGUCAACGAGGUUGACAACCUGCAGCUAGACGAACCAGAGCAUAUUGCCGGCGGCGAGAUUGGAGUCCUAGAUGAGGAUGGGAAUGUAGGUUCUGAUUGA